CUAUCAAAAUAAUUUCACUUCAAACCACCAAACAUGUUUAUUUUUACGUAAUAUUUCACUACACAAAAUGUUAAUAUAUUGGUAAACAAACAUGUUCAAAUGUAUUAUUUUCUCGGAAAGAGUUGGUCCCAUAACUUAUAAACUGGGAUCAACGCAAAACAGAACUUUGACAAUAGUGACUGACACACAAAUCGAAGAAUGCUACAACAUUCUGAAAAUUCCAGUUAAUUCUAAACAGGACUUGGUUCGAGCAGCGUUUUUAGAUUUGGCCAAAAUUUACCACCCAGACUCUGGUUCACCACAAGCUUGUAUUGAGAAAUUUGUGGACAUCGAAAAUGCGUUCCGUAUACUUACCAAGCACAACACGGGGAAGAGCAGCCAGGAAGAUGUAGAGCAAAUAGUUCAUGACAUUAGGCAUACUGCACCACAGCACCGGCAGUACCUAAGCUUUGACGGUGUGGGCUACGGCACACCAUUCCAGAGACAGAAGCAAUGGGCUCAGGCUCGCGCUCAGCGUGCAGCCUCCAAUGUGAUGGAGCACCGGGUUUCUAAAGCUGUUGCUUCGGAAAACACACUCAUGAAGAAGGGUCAGCAGGGCUAUGGACAGAAGCACGACAUUAAAACGAAGUACGGCUUCGACCGUCUAGUGGAGGACCUUAUCCAAGAGUCAAUGUCGAAAGGAGAGUUCGAGAAACUAAGCGGGAUUGGCAAGCCUUUGAAGGACCAGAACACGAAUCCUUACGUUGAUUUUACUACGCACAAGUUAAAUGAGGUGCUAAUAAACAACGGUUUCGUCCCAGAAUGGAUAACGAUGAACAAAGAAAUAGACCACGACAUAGAAGCCCUUAAGGACGAAAUCAGACGCGAUAGAAGUUUUCUCGGUCCUUACCCCCUCUCAGAGCACGACCAACCAAAAUGGGACCGCAUAUGUGAAGCGAACCGCGAACUAGCCAAAUCAAUAAACACUAAAAUUAAUACGUACAACCUUAUAGUUCCUUUGAUAAAUAAGCAGAAAUUCCAUGUAGAUUUCGACAAGAUAUGUGAAGAUGUUUUAGUAAGCGGGAUACAUUCCGUUAAACAAGAAAGUAAAGUGAAGGAAAAACCUGUCACUGUGGCUGCUAGUUCGGAUUACGAUUUUAUUGGAGUAUUUUUUAAAGCUGUAGGGGAAUUAUUUAGUUUCAAAUCUAAGAAAAAUUUAGAUAGUUAAGUAGGAUAAUUUAUUAUAAAGCCGUUUAACUUGUUAAACACAGACUAGUAGGUACAUUGGGGAAAUUUGGAAAAUCGUGUAUUACCUAAAUAAAAAUUGCAUAACUUCUAAGCAUUGAUAGUUUAACGUUUGGAGUAGGUAGUAGGUACGUCUAUUUUUUUAUGUAAAUUACCCUCUUCUCGUUGUAAUCAGUCUGUAUGCGUAGUUAUUGAAAUUGAAUGCUGAGGUUGACGUAAGAAAUCGUAUUUUGAAAAUAGAAAUUCACUAGACUGCAAAGUCUUAAUAAACAGAAAAAAUAAAAUACGAUACUUGUUAAACUUCAGCGUAAAAAUAUGAUAUACGUAAAGCUGUAAUUUUAAAGUAACUAACAAGAAAAGUGACUUAGAAUUCUAGACAUCGUCACUACUUUAAAAAAAUCUCGUAUCUCACGCUGCUCCUCAAAGUUAAAACGCAGUAAGUCUAUAUGCAUUCCAUACAUGCUUACUACAAUUUUCUUUUCGUUGACAGACGAAGAUACAAGUUUUUUUAAAAGUAGUGACGACAUGUAACAAGUACAUCUAUAGGUAAAUUAAUGUACAUAAUUUGUAUUUAGCUGUAUCAAAAUGUAUAAACAGAGGAAAGCCUGAUGUAUUUAGUAAAAAUAUCCUCUUUAACAUUUUGUAUUAAACUAAUUUGCGACUUAAGCGCGUUUUCAUAUUAUCCGAUCCGAUAGUAGAUCGCCAUCUUUGAUUUCUGCCUUUGACAUCCUUCCUACAUCCGAUAUCGGAUCGGAUAAUGGAAAAAAUAAGGCAUAGGUAAGGAGUAUAUUUCCCAUCCUAUUUUGAACUUUAUCUAUCUUUGACAGGUUUCAAAAUUGACAAAAUUUUGUGAUUUUCACGUCCAAUUAAGAUUUAAUUAUCUGUAAUAAGGAAAAAUAAAAACAAAUUGCAAAAUCGGUACUGAAAAUUUGACAAAGCGAACUGUGAUAAAAUUGAUAUAUUUUAAAUAAAAAUAGUGAACUUGAUGCAAAACGUUUUAUUUCUAACAUAUUUUAGACUACACAAUUUCCUUAACAAUAACUUGAUCACUAUUGAGUACAGUGCUACGCUAUAACUUCAAUAGCGAUUCAUAAAUGCUGUAAAUAAAAUACCUAUAACAAAACUGAUUGAAAAUCAUAACUGUGCAUAACAACACUGGUCUGAUACAUAUAUAUAAUGCAUAAAUUCAUGCAAUGCUUGAUCACAAGCGGCUUCUGAAAGGGUCAUAUUUUUACUGCAAUCUGUGUCCGGCAACUAUUGGUGCCCCUCUCUUACUCAAAUGUUAGAGAAAGACCAAUAGUUGGAUACAUUACAUACAAUAAAUUUUGCUGAUAUGUAACUUCAUAUUACAAUCAAUGUAAGUGAUUUUUAAUUUAAAUGAUAGGCAAAAGAUUUACCAGGGAAAAAUAAUAUUAUCACGAUAUUUACGACAAAUAUAAUUUUUUUACAAAAUCGUAAGUUUACAGCUACAAAAAUAGUUGUAUGUAAAUGAAAGAUGUAAAUAUAGCUCAAAUAUCAUUUCCGAUAUAACUUAUUAAAUUACA